UCACUACUCCGCGACACAAGUUUGUCUGCACGAUGGCUGAGUGUCGUUCGUCCACAGUUAACCUCAGAGAGUUCGGAUGCGAGCAAAAUUUGCUGUCUCGUCCUGACGGUUCGGCGUCUUUCAUCCAAGGUGACACAAGUGUGCUGGCAGCAGUGUACGGCCCAGCUGAAGUCAAAGUAAGUAAAGAGAUUUACGACCGAGCCACGCUGGAAGUGAUCAUACAACCCAAAGUUGGACUUCCAAGUGUGAAGGAGCGUGCUCAAGAACAGUGUGUGCGGGAAAGUUGCGAGGCGUCUCUGCUGCUGUCCUUUCACCCUCGCUCGUCCCUCACACUCGUCUUACAGGAGCUCCAUAAUGACGGGUCUCUCUUGUCCUGUUACCUCAACGCCUCCUGCAUGGCUAUGAUGGACGCCGGCUUGCCGAUGAGUUGUCUCUUUUGCGGCGUUACCUGCGCCAUCCACACGGACGGAAGAAUCAUCACUGACCCGACUGCUGCUCAGGAAGCGGAGAGUCGAGCGCUGUUGACCUUUGCCAUCGACAGCAAAGAGCGCCGAGUGAUGAUGACGUCGACCAAAGGAUCGUUUUCAGUGCACGAGAUGCAGCAGUGCAUCGCUGUCAGUCAAACAGUGUCCGAGAAGAUCUUCAGUUUCCACAGAGAGUCGCUCAAGCGGCGUUACUCCAAAAGUAUUUAGAGAUGACAACACAAGUGCGAAGAAAGCUUGAAGGACUUCUGUAAAGCAUUGGCUUCACAGUUCUAACGUCCAGGGUUCCAGUUUCCAUGCUGUCCCCGUGUCUGUGUGGUUUUUCUCCAGGCAGUCCUGGCCUAGUUCCCCUUCUAUCAGAAGUGGACUGGUUGUUUUAUAUAAAAAAAUAAAAAUAACCUUAUUUUAUCCCACUAUUUUAAAUCCGAAGCAAUGACAUCCCUGUAGGUGUCUUAUUGGUAGGGUUUUAUUUUGAAGGUGUUUUUUUGAUUACUGUUGUUGUUUUAGUGCUGUAAUCCAAACAAAAUUAAAGGCGACUGGCUUGACCGCAGGAAAAGGGAGUCGUCUAUUUGAAGUUCUGUGAUUAUUUGUGAAAAUGUAAUGCACACCCAGGCUGUCUACAACAGUAUUGGCUCCAAUUUGAGGAAGCAAGUUUUAUGCAACAGUUCCCCAGCGGUUCCAUCAGGGUGCAGCAUCUGCUGCAGCAAUUGCCACAAAUUAAUGGAAUUGAUUUUUUUGUCUUUUUUUUAAAUUAAGGAAAUAAAAAAAAAGUUGACUUUUUUUAUGUGCGGGGCUUAAAGAGCUGCAUGUGGACAUUGGAGUCAUGUUUUAUAAAAUUAUGCAUUUGUUAUGCAAGAAGGUCCUGCGCAUA